CCUGGUAACAAGCUUCGUACGGAUGGAUUCCUCAAGCCUCAAAAUGAUGGAUUCCUCAAUUGAGGACCUAGUAAUUACUGAUUUGUGGGACCCAUUGUACUUUGUAUGGCUGGGGCUGUGUGCUCUGAUAAUUGGUGGAUGCAUGAUGUUUCUACACUGGAGGAAGAAGCUGCAUCGGAAGGAGCGUGCCCAGCAGUGGGUGGAGGUGAUGAAAUCUGCAACAUUCACUUACAGCCCAUUCCUGUACUGGGUCAACAAACAAUGCAGAUAUGGCAUGACCGCAGCCAUCAAGACAGGCCCUCUCAGGGCUGUUGCCAAUGCUGAGAUUAAAGUCCACAUUUAAGAUAUUAUGUGGGAGCAGGAACUCCCAUAAAGACAGAUGUUAUGCCUUCAGAGUUAGCAGCCCCAAGGCAGAGGACCCUUUUCUCCUGCAACUUGCUUUGGUGGCCGCACAGCAUCCCUUAGUUAACCCAAUGCCAAAUCAACAACCACAUCCCCAUUCCAAUUGUCUUUCUGGAUAUACUCUCUGCCCCACGCCUCUGAAAGUCAAACCAACCUCACAUGCUGCACUACUCUGCCAUCUACCUAUUUCUCAAGUCUCCUGAAAGGCAUAUCCACUUCUAAUCCCUUCAGACACUGUCCCAUGGGGUGAGGUAUUUCAAUGUGUCUCCUCUGGCUUCUCAGUUGUAACCACCUCUCACUGAAGGAGGGAGCUUCAGCUACCAGAGGUAGUAAUAAAGGGAACUAACCUAGAGCAUAAGAUAAUAACAUAGAGGUCAGAGCCCAUAGAUUUGUUACAUUAUUAAAGAUUUUUGAA